AUGAGAGAUUCGAAUCAUCGCUCUAUAUCUAACAACAAACCCGUUAUCACGAUAACGUCGACAGUAUAUGACAGGCGUGCUUUAGACAUAGAAUCUACAGUGCCACUUAUAAACUCAUUGAACCAUUUGACCUAUCUGACAUCAAAUUCGGCGAAAAUACGUGAAACUAUUGCAAACGAUGGUGCAUUGGAUAGAUUGGUAUCUAUAUUACACAACUGCCAUUUAUCAUUACACGAGAUUUUGGACAAAGAUUUAGAAUUCUUUAAGACUCAUGAGAGGGCUAAGAGCAUUUAUAAGAGGAAACGACUAGCUCUUUGUGCCUGGAAAUGGACAUUAGCUUUCCAAUGCCUAGUUUUAACUGGUACUCGAGGUACUGAACAGAUACGAAAAAAAGUUGUUCUUGCCGGGGUUAUUCCUGUGCUGGCCACAGUUUUAGAUAAUUACAUGCUCUUUCAUAAGCAUUACGACUUUAUUAGAGACGAGACUUUAGAUUUUGAGAUAGAUGAGAUAUUAACAUUUGACUCUUACAAAUUACUUCGAAAGAACUCUGAAGAAACUUAUGAAGAGUACAUUUCUUACUUAAUAGGCAGAGACAAACUAAAGCCAACAGACUUUAAAAGAUUCAGUGUCGAAGAAUUAACUACACCAAUUAUGACUUGUGCUACUGACUUUCGCGAUGUGUGGCAGAGAUAUAAUGACUCACCUUUACCAACACCUUCAGACAAGUCAAAUGCUAAACUAGAAGAAAACUGUUUCUAUGAGAACGACGAAGAGAAAUUUCUAGUUUCAACUCCAAGGAGUUUUUUCAUCGGUAAAAUUAUUCCUAAACAAGAUGACGUUAUAUGGUCUCUGCAGUUAUUAGCGUUUAUUUCAAAAUAUACUUACAUGAAACAAAAACUUCAAAAUGUUGAAUUAAUAGACUCACUCUCAUUUAGAAGUAUGAUAGAGAGGUAUAAAAAGAGAAAGAUGACAACGUUUAGUAAUAAUCUGAGUCCACUUUCGAUAUCUAAAAAUCUGUCAGAGAAGGAUGAAAAUAUAGUGGGUGACAUUAAAGAUGAGAGUGAUAUUACCAAUUUACAAAUGAAGAUUAAUAAUCCAAUAAUCAAAGAAAUAAUGGAAUGUGGCAAGAGAUGUUUAAAAAUUGAAAAAAAAAGGAAAGAAUGUAAACCAAAGUGUCGCACAUGCAUUUUGAAUAUGAAGUCUCCCCCUUAUAUUAAAAAUCUUCAAUUGAAUAAAUAUUUUGAUCGAUUAUGGAAUUAUCAGAAAGUUUCAAAACGACUAACUGAUGAAACUUGGAAUUCUUUCAUUUCUAAGCAACUGAUUAAUGCAUUCCCUUUGGUUGAAAAAUAUACCAUUACUGAUAAAAAUACACAUGAUAUUAUCUACUGGAGUUCAGUAAUAAUGAGAAAUUCGUGCAGGAAAAAUGAGGUAACGGGAGUACGCCAGUGUGCUAAUUUCAGUUGUGGUAAGUGGGAGCGAUACCCUCGAGAAUUCGCUAAAUGUCGAAGAUGUAAAAGAACUAAAUAUUGCUCUCGAGAGUGUCAGCUUGAAGCUUGGAAGCAUCAUAGGUACUGGUGCCAUGAGGUUACAUCUUCCAAUAAGUCUAGCUCCAUGAAUACAGAAACUAACACACCUGGUGGAACUGGGAAUGACUCUUCUACUAUGAUGGCAAGAACUGAAGGAGGAACUAUUUUACAAACCAACACAGCUGGUUUGAUGCUACAACAGCAUACACCCGAUUUGACACAUACUGAAGAAAUGGCUGGCCAAUUUUCAAAUGAUAAUGAAGAUAUUAACGGCAUGGAAUGA